CCGAAGUGGCGAUCGUUGAGUGACUGCACAAACACUACGAACUCAACCACUUCUGACACGAAUCCAUCGAUUCAAUUGAGUCCCACUCUUAUCACAACCAGACAUCUAUUGUCUUAUAUCUCUUUGACUAUUAUAUCGUUUUUCUUCAUUGAAGUUUUGUUUCGCAUAUAUAGCGGAAAAUGCAAACUAUUUGGACAGCCGUUCGACUUAUUGGACGCAAUACUCGUUAACAUAAUCUUCAUAUUAAGUCUUGUCUUCUAUUUACAUGACUUUCACGACGAGAGUGGCGGCAAAGAGUUGUCACUCUUGUUAGUAGUGUUGCGUUUGUGGCGAAUCUUUCAGAUAAUUAAGUCAUUGAUAGAGGAA